AUGUGGGGUCAUCCUAAACACCUGGCUGAGGCAGCCAGGAUAGUACGCGAGGUGCAUGCCAGCCCAAGUGUAGAUGGCAUCAAACUACAUGUCCUCGUAGCAGAGGCAGUAAGCGAAGAAUCAACGUAUGACGGUGUCGAUUGGAAUGGUGAACGCGUUGCUAAAGAGGUUACACAAGCUGUCGCUGAACUAGAGAGUAACGGUGAUCGCGUCGUUCGAUUUUCGGUUACCGGAUACAGUCUUGGUGGUCUGAUUGCACGGUAUUGCAUUGGGGUGUUGCAUCAGCAAUCCUUCUUCGACAAGGUCGAGCCUGUGAAUUUCAGUACUAUCGCUACACCUCACUGCGGCCUCCCAAGAUACCCGUCAUUUUUCUCAUCACUGACUCAGGCGCUUGGGCCGAGGAUGCUGUCGCGCACAGGCGAACAGUUUUAUUGCGCUGAUAAAUGGUCUCCGAAGGGGAGACCAUUGCUAGUUGUGAUGGCGGACCCAAAUCGUAUCUUUUAUCAAGCCCUUGCCAACUUCAAACAUGUUCGAAUAUAUGCCAACGCCAUCAAUGACUUAACAGUCCCGUAUGUAACUGCGGCAAUUGAGACUACGGAUCCCUUUGCCGAUAUGGAAAUGAAUGGCCUUGACAUAAAAUUCGACGAAAAAUAUUCUUGCUUUGUCCGAGAUUACAUUCUUCCCGAUACUCCUCCCCAACCUGAAACUGGUUCAAGUUGGUUCCGGAGGUCCAAGUCUUCUAAGCCUUCCACUCCCCUUCUUCCUCCUUUCCUCCAAUUCCGUUUCCCUCUUAACAUGGUGUUUUAUGCCCUGUUGCCAGUCAUCAUCCCAACAUUCAUUUCAAUGUUACUCGUACAUUUCGCUCUUGCAAGCCGGUCCUCUCGUGCUCGAAUAAAGACGCUUGAACAAGAAGUGCAGAAAGGGAGUCGCCAAGCGCUAAUAGAGUUGAUUAGUGAAAUAGAGAAAGAAAUGGAAGAGGCCGUUGUUGACCUCAUCGACAACCCAGACCCUACACCCAUCUAUCAGCCCAAAGUAUCCAAAGCCCACCCCAUCAUAACUCCAAACCACAAAAAGAUUGCCCAGUGGCUUAAUGCUUUGCCACUUCAAAAGGAGCUAGCUUACUUUCCUGCGGUUCGGAACUCCCAUGCGAUGAUUGUGUCUCGCGACGUCGAAAGAUUCGAGGCUCAUCGCGCUGGUGAACCUGUCUUGAGACACUGGGCUACGUCCUUGGUUGUAUGA